CCCGCCGCGCCUCCGGGUUCCCUGACUGCAGGCGCUCGGGAGUAGCUGGCUUCGCCGCAGUCCGGGGGGCUCCUGGCGGCUCUUGUCCGGGCGACUCCUGGGAGAGCUAUGGAGCCGGACCGCGAGCAGGACACUGCGGCCCCGGAUCCGGGCCCGGAGGUCCCCGCUGGCCCCAGCACCGGAUCUGGCUCCCGUUUGCCGGGAGGCAUCGGUUCCGCAGAAGCCCUGGCGGCGCUUGGCGCGAUCGGGCGGCGGUUGCUUUGGCUGCUCCCCGUGUAUCUGGCGGGCCGGGCCGGGCUGAGCCUGGGCUUCGUGGUGGCCGGCGUGGCUCUUUACAUGGGCUGGCGGAGUCGGCGGCUGAGCAAAGAGCGAUCGCUGCGGGCGGCGGGGUUGCUCCUGGGCGACGAAGAGGCGACGGUGAGCGCCACCCAUUUGGGCCGAAGCCUGGGCCAGCAAGAGCUGCCCGCCUGGGUCAGUUUCCCAGAUGUCGAGAAAGCAGAGUGGCUCAAUAAGAUUCUGGCCCAGGCUUGGCCCUUCUUUGGUCAGUACAUGGAGAAGCUGCUGGUAGAGAAUAUCGCUCCAAGCAUCCGGGCCUCCAACACCCACCUCCAGACCUUCACUUUCACCAAGGUUGACCUGGGAGAGAAGCCCCUCAAAGUCAUUGGAGUGAAGGUCCACACUGGCCUCAACAAGAAGCAAAUCUUGCUGGACCUAAACAUCAGCUACGUGGGUGAUGUUCAGAUUGAUGUAGAGGUGAAGAAAUUUUUCUGCAAGGCUGGUGUGAAAGGCAUGCAGCUCCAUGGUAUGCUGCGAGUCAUCCUGGAACCCCUCAUUGGCAAUGUCCCAAUUGUGGGGGCGCUCACCAUGUUCUUCAUCCGCCGGCCAACUCUGGACAUUAAUUGGACUGGCAUGACCAACCUUCUGGACAUCCCUGGACUGAGUUCAAUGUCUGACACCAUGAUCAUGGACUCCAUUGCCUCUUUCCUGGUCCUCCCCAACCGCUUGCUCAUCCCAUUGGUUCCUGAUCUCCAUGAAGCCGCCGAGCUCCGCUCCCCAAUUCCUAGGGGUGUCGUCCGUGUCUAUCUGAUGGAGGCCAAGGACCUGCAGUCCAAGGAUAAGUACAUCAAAGGGAUGAUUGAGGGCAAAUCAGACCCAUACGCCGUUGUGCGUGUGGGAACCCAGGUCUUCACCAGCAAAGUCUUGGAUGAAGACCUCAACCCCAAGUGGAAUGAGAUGUAUGAGUUCAUUGUACACGAGGUCCCGGGGCAGGAACUGGAGGUGGAGCUGUUUGACAAGGACCCCGAUCAGGAUGACUUCUUGGGCAGGAUGAAGCUGGACUUUGGGGAGGUGAUGCAGGCCCGUGUGCUAGAGGAGUGGUUCCCCUUGCAAGAUGGUGGCCGGGCUCGUGUGCGUUUGCGCCUGGAGUGGCACACACUUAUGUCAGAGGCCUCCAAGCUGGAUCAAGUUCUUCAGUGGAACAAAACAAUCUCCUCCAAACCGGAGCCUCCAUCCGCAGCCAUCUUGGUUGUCUAUCUGGACAGAGCACAAGAACUUCCGUUGAAGAAAUCAAGUAAGGAGCCCAAUCCUAUGGUACAGCUCUCCAUCCAUGAUGUUACCCGGGAGAGCAAGGUGGUCAACAGCACAGUCUCUCCUGUCUGGGAUGAUGCCUUCCGUUUCUUCCUGCAGGACCCAACUGCUGAAGACAUUGAUAUACAGGUCAAAGACGAUAACCGACAGACGACCCUGGGCUCCCUCACAAUCCGCUUGUCCCGCCUCUUGAAUGCUGACAAUCUGACCCUUGACCAGUGGUUUCAGCUCGAGAACUCAGGGCCCAACAGCCGCAUCUAUAUGAAACUUGUUAUGCGGGUCUUGUAUUUGGAAGCCCCUGAGGUCUGCAUCAACCCUCGGCCAUGUCCACCAGGAAAUCUGAAUAUCUCGGAGAGUGCCAACAUUGGUAGCAGUGUUGAUCAGCCUCCUCGGCCCACCACAGCUAGCCCACAUGCUGAGUUUGGCACCGAGAGCAUCAUCCGUAUUCAUCUGCUGGAAGCUGAGAAUCUCAUUGCUAAGGAUAACUUCAUGGGUGGGAUGAUCAAGGGCAAAUCGGACCCCUACGUCAAAAUACGCUUGGGGGGCCAGAAGUUUCGCAGCCGUGUCAUCAAGGAGGAGCUCAACCCCCGCUGGAGUGAGAUCUAUGAGGUCUUGGUGACUAACAUCCCAGGACAAGACGUGGAGUUUGACCUAUAUGAUAAAGAUGUGGACAAAGACGACUUCCUGGGAAGGUGCAAGAUCCCUCUGAGACGAGUGCUGAGCAGCAAGUUUGUCGAUGAGUGGCUCCCUCUGGAAGAUGUGAAGUCAGGGCGUCUUCAUGUGAAGCUGGAGUGUCUGGCCCCGACCCCCAGUGCAGCUGAGCUGGAGCAGGUGCUGAAAGUGAACAGCUUGAUCCAGACACCCAAGAGUGAGGAAUUGUCGUCUGCUCUGCUGUCUGUCUUCAUCGACAGGGCAGCCGACUUGCCGCUACGAAAAGGCUCAAAACUCCCAAGUCCUUACAUCAGCCUUUCUGUCCGGGAUGUCCCCUAUAAGACUAAGGUCUGCCCUCAGUCUGUAGAGCCAAUGUGGGAGGAAGCUUUCUCCUUCCUGAUCAAGAGACCCCAUGCAGAAUCUCUGGAGUUGCAGGUGAAAGAUGAUGGGCACAGCCUGGGUUCGCUGUCCCUCCCGCUUUCCCAGCUGCUGGCGGCAGAUGGGCUUGUCCUUGACCAGUGGUUCCAGCUCAGCAACUCUGCUCCGACUGCCCAGGUCCUGAUGAGGGUGCAGCUUGGGCUCCUGAUCUCUCAGCACUCCGGCGUGGAGUCUUUCCACACUGUCACCACUGAAGAGAAUGAGGGAGGUUCUCACAGAGGGUCUGAGACAGAGCUAUACAUCCGGGAGGAUGGGGACUCUGGCUCCGUGCAUGAGCUUCGCCAUCGUACGCCGCAUGCCAACAGAUCGGAUGAGUGGUCUUGGAGCUUUUUGCCAGAAAGAGACAGACAACGCUUGCUGUUUAUUAAUUUAGAGCUGUCAGACUCACCGUUGGGGCAGCUGCACCUCACCAUCUGGUACAACAUGGAUGCACGCAAGCUGAUUGCCAUCAUCCACGCCUGCAGGAAUCUGAAGUCAAGUGCCAAGGACAUUCCUGACCCCUAUGUCUCCAUGAUCCUGCUGCCUGACAAAUCCCGUGUCACCAAGAGGAAGACGACUGUGAGGAAAAAGACUGUUAAUCCUGAAUUCAAUGAGAAGUUUGAAUGGGAUAUAACCCUGGAAGAAGCUCAGCGAAGGAAGCUGGAGGCCUACAUCAAAAACAGUGUGUCUUUCAUGUCUCGAGGAGAGCCAAUUGGGAAGGUGCAAAUUGACCUCUCACAGAAGGACCUCACUCAGGGUGCUGCCCAGUGGUACGACUUAAAAGAUGACAAAUCCAGCUCUUAGUCUCCAUUAUUCCUCCUUUCUUGAAUUGCAACCCUGCAGGGAGUUAAAAGAGCUGGCAUGAACGCCGCCCCGCCACCACCCUUCACUGCAGGAUCCAGGCUCACUUCCCUCUGCUGGAUGGCCUUUUCCGUAUUUUUUGUUUGUUUGUUUUGUUUUUAACCAAUCGUAGUGUUGUGUUCCUAGAAUCUGCGUUUUCUGUGUGAAGCUGGUAGAGGUGAAGAAAUGACUCUUAGGUGGGUUUUGGAAGAGGGGUCAGAG